AUCUAUCAAUGAUAAUUUACCCUGUAACUACCCAUUGGAAGAUAAUUUACCGCCAAAACGACAAUGCUUUCUUCACCAUUGCUGCACAGUUCCUCUUCAUCUCUCCUGAUUCGCCAUAGAUCCCAGCAUCUCGACCUUCUUCAUCAAAGCACUGGUUUUCAGUUCCAGAGCCCCAACUCCUCUCCGCUUGCUGGGUUUUGCACGAACUUCAUCGGAUCCCUCGUUUCAAAAUCAGCUUUUUCUUCGUCUUCUGCUCCUUUCUUGCUCGGAGAUGAUUUCGAGGUCGAGCUUGGGCGGUUGCUGUCUCUCUUGCCGGAAGAUAUGCGCCGGAGAGUCGGGGAGCACGCGGAGCUCAACCACUUGAUCGAGGUCGUCAUGGACUUGGGCCGCAAGCCCCUGGCACGGUUCCCCUCAGGAGACUUCGUGUUGUCGGAUCAACCAAUUACCGUGCAGGAUCUUGAGCAUGCCACCUCUCAGGUUGGCGAUUUUUCCAUUGAUAACAGAGCUGGAAUCAGCCGAACCUUGCACAGGAUUAGUGCCAUUAGGAAUCGUAAAGGUAAGAUUAUUGGUUUGACCUGCCGUGUGGGACGAGCUGUAUCAGGAAGUGCCAACUCUUUACAAGAUUUAGUUAAGGCUGGGGCUUCGAUGUUGCUAAUUGGACCUCCAGGAGUAGGAAAAACUACGAUUAUUAGGGAUAUAGCUAGGAUGCUUGCAAAUGAUUAUGGGAAACGUGUCAUGAUUGUUGAUACUUCAAAUGAAAUUGGUGGGGAUGGAGAUAUAGCUCAUGCAGGAAUAGGCAACGCACGACGCAUGCAAGUUCCACACGCCGACAUGCAACACAAGGUGUUGAUAGAAGCAGUUGAGAAUCAUAUGCCCCAAGUGAUUGUAAUAGAUGAAAUUGGUACUAAGCUAGAGGCAAUGGCAGCAAGUACAAUAUCACAACGCGGUAUUCAGUUAGUUGCCACUGCUCAUGGUGGAACAAUAGAGAAUUUAGUGAUGAAUCCAGAUCUAGAGAUGCUGGUCGGAGGUGUACAGAGUGUUACACUGGGUGAUGAAGAGGCAAUUCGUCGGGGUGUUCAAAAGUCUGUACUGGAAAGGAAAGGACCGUCGGUUUUUAGCUGUGGUGUUGAGAUGAUUUCCAUGACAGAGUUGCGAGUUCACCAUAACUUAGAAGCCACAGUGGACAUUAUUCUUUCAGGCCGCCAUCCCAGCUUUGAACUCCACAGAAUAAAUCCAAGAUCACAAGAGGAAGUGAGGGAAAAGGUGACUGUCCAGGAAUCUACUGACAGUAGAAGUGAAGCCGCCAUUGUUCGCACAUCAUGGUUGAACAGUGAUUUUAAUCCGGAAAUGGAUCCAAGCGCGGAAGGGGAUUGUGGUAAAAAUGAGGAGUCCCUUUGCCUAUUUCUCUAUGGGGUCUCAGAGGCAAAUGUGAUUCAAGGGAUUAAACAGUUAAAGAUAGAACAUGCCAUUGAAUUUACUGAUAACAUCAGCGAAGCAGAUGCUCUCCUAGCAUUGCAAUCCAAACUCAAAAGAAAUUCGGGUAUUCAAGCUGCUGCAAGAACUCGCGGUGUUCGUAUAUAUAUUUCAAAGACAAGUUCCUUAUCUCAGAUAACCAAGGCCAUAGAGGCUCUAGUGGCUGAUUAUGCUGAUGGUUCUAUAUUUUUUGAAUCUGAACCUAAGGUUAAUGAGUCAGAAAAGAUGGAUGCUUUGGAGGAGGCAAGGAUAGCCAUCGAGCGAGUAGUAAUCCCCAGAGGGGAACCAGUGGAGCUACUUCCUCGGCCAUCAAAUAUCAUGUCUCUCCAAACGGACCUCAUUUCUAAGUAUAACCUGACAUCAGAGAGAGUCGGGGCAGAAUCAGAUGCCCGCCUCCGCAUUAUUCCUUUCCAUAGUCCCUCGCAAGAAAAUAGCCGAAACGAAACUGAUGGGUCGCCCUAUAUUCUUGAUGUAUUGCCUUUAUUGCCAGAGUAGGUACGUAAUUCCUAUGUUUACUCUCUUCGCCUCAAAAAGUUCUUGUUUGCUUUUUGGUACACUGAAAUAAUAAAGCAAGAAGUUCUUUUAGGAAAGAAGAGAAUAUAGUUAAGGUUUCUACAUACCCUUUUGUUGUGGACUUGUGGUGCUAACCUGUCUGGUAAACCAAACAAGUCUUUGAAAUGUAAAAUAUUGUAGGGGCUGAAAAAGGGGCUCAAACCUUGUACAAGUCAAGACUCUUAUUUUUAAUUUGUUUUAUUUUUUAUGUCACAAGUCUUGUACUACUAAGAUAGACAUGUGUUGCUUAAUUUAUUAUUGUUGUUCAAACUAAUACAAUGGGAAGUAUAUU